GGUAUUAAAAACAUAAAUAAGCACGUGCAGCAUUAAGAAAAAUAGGAAUUUUUAAAUUAAAAGUAAUUUCCAAGUAAUGCUAUUAAUAUCGAGGCUACUCACAAACAUAAAGGCAGGACGCCUAACAACCAACAGCCUAUUGUCAACAAAACCAGCAAAAGGAUUUGCAGCCGCCAUGUCUGAAGCGUUGGACAAAUUGGAACAGGAACAAGAAAAAAGACGCCAACAAAAGGAAGAAGCUAUUGAAACUACCAAAGAAAUGAAACAAUUAAAGCGAAAUCUUAAACGCCGAAAGUGGGUUGACUGGAAGACCGAAGACGAAGAAAGGGGCGAUGUAAAACGGCCACCUUUUAAUCCUGCCGAUAGAAUUAAAAGAAAAAAGACCGCUAUAUUAUUGGCAUAUUCGGGUGCCAAUUAUUUUGGCAUGCAAAGAAAUCCGGGAAUGGCGACCAUUGAAGAAGAACUUUUUAAGGCAAUGCUCAAAAACAAGUGGAUAACUGAUGAAAGUUUUGAUCAGGCCCAACUUUGCAUGUUUCAAAGAGCUGCCAGAACAGAUAAGGGUGUAUCGGCAGCGAGACAAGUUUGUUCCAUCAAGUUGCCCGAAGAUCUAGAUAUUAAGGCUUUGAAUGAGGACCUUCCUGAACAAAUUCGCUUAUUUGGCAUUGAACGUGUAACAAAGGGAUUCAAUGCCAAAGAUCAAUGUAAUGCUAGAACCUACACUUACACAAUGCCUAGUAUAGCAUUUGCCGAUUUUAAUGACAAAACACAAUAUGAGCAAUUUCGUCUCACAUCUGAGAGAUUAAAAAAAGCCCAGGAGGUAUUGGAAAUGUUUGAGGGGACUAAAAAUUUCCAUAAUUUUACAAGUCGGAAAAACUUUUUGGAUCCCUCUGCAAAACGAUUCAUAAUGUCAUUCACAUGUUCAGAACCAUUCCUAAGCCCCCAAGGUGUUGAAUUUGUAACGGUGAAGGUUAAAGGACAAAGUUUUAUGUUGCAUCAAAUACGAAAAAUGGUUGGCCUCAGCAUAGCCAUUGUACGUGGCCACACUGAGAUCGCCACAUUAGAAAGAGCCCUAACAGAGGAACGUUUAGAUCUACCCAUGGCCCCUGGCUUAGGUUUAGUGCUGGACACCGUGCAUUAUGAACGCUACAAUGAGCGUUAUGGCCAGGAUGGCAUACAUAAUCCGCUGACUUGGGAAAAGCAGGAAACGGAAAUACAAAAUUUUAUAGAAACCAAAAUAUUUGAUAACAUAUAUCGUACGGAGUGUGACCAAAAACCUUUGUUGGAAUGGCUGGAAACCUUACCCUUACAUUCCUAUGAUGCAAGAAGAGACGAUGCUGCUGGUACCGAGGGUAAGACAACAAAUAAGGACGAUGACAAUGAAGAAUGAAGGGUUUUAAAAGUUUCUCAAAUGCAAAAUAUAUAUUUUUUAUUUAAAAUAUAGCAAUAAAAAAUAAUUUCAAAAUAAAACAAACAAAAAUAUUUAAAAAGA